CGCUAAUACCCAGCAAUGUCUUGUGAGUUGUAACGGGAGCUCAACAACGCAGUGUCAGUAUGUCACGUACUGUAGAGACCCCAGCAAUGCCAACAAAUCUCCGUGCAACACGUAUCCGUGCAACAUGCUAAACACAGGGACACAGAGUGGCGCAGAUUACGACAUGGGAUGUUGCGGAACGAGCAGAGUGGCAUGUGAAUUCACAGUCUUCGUUCCCAAUUCUAGUGCUGUAGACUAUUUUUCACUGUCGCUUAAUGGUGUCAGGGUCAUGAUAGACACACCACGAUUUCAGUAUUUGUUUAAGCGGCUCAUUGCUCCUGGUAGAAUUUACUUAGAAAAACUUGCAAAUGGUAACCACCAGAUAAAAAUGCUAAAUGGCGAGACAAUAAAUGUCUCUAAAGCAAACGACAGAGAUGUACGGAUUUACUUUGGAGAUGCAUCAGCGAAUGUUAUUUAUAUGGACGAAGGAGCUACUAACGGAGUCAUGCAUAUAAUUGACCAGUUGCUUUUCGUUCAGGAAGAUAUUACGAGAAACAUUUCACCUCCAAAAGAGGUCAUAGAAGAAGACGAAAUGCGAAAGGGUUUUUGUUAUAAAGACACUCAAAAACUUGGGAUUCAUACUGACUGUGAUUCAAAUUCUACAAGGGUUGUAAUUGAAGAAGACUCGAAAGAUGACAAAAAAUGUGAAAACUCACGUAACUCUGCCGAUGGAAGAGUCACCUGUGUAGUGGGGGGCUAUAAUAAAGCGUACAGAAUGUUGACCUUGACAUCUAACAACACAGAGCACUCUGGGAACUCAAUCUUGGUAAAUACCACGUGUGAUGCCGGAACUGGUCAGAGCAAAAAUAUCACAUUGUUUCCUUGUUUUUCAUGUUUCAAGGCAAAUGUCACGCACAACGAAACACACGCCGUUAUUAUGUGUCAACACAGUUUCUUCAACGUGUCAGAGCAGAUAAGUAUCAUUGAUUGGACUGCUGGGGUCUCUAUAGAAACAUGUAGAUGGAACCAGAAUACCUCAAGAACGGAGUGUGAGGUCCAAAAUCACGGACAUCCUCUUGGAAUUGAUGGCUUCAUUACAAGAUAUACCCCAGGGCUGAGGUUUUUAUGCACUAUGGACAGACAAAGCGUUGAACUGGUUUUGGAAGCAGGUGGGUUAACAAGUGGACACGAUGACCAACGGAUUUGCUGUAGUGUUUAUAUCAUUAUAUUUGUAGCUAUGCUAUUGUCAACUCUUAAAUUAGCUUGAUUUAUUCAUGUUUGGUAAAUAUGUCCUUUAAAGUAGUCUGAUCCUCGGGUUUAUAAAAUUAUUAAUUAAGGAAUCAAAAAUACUCAUAAAAGUAUCCCUAAAUCCACAAAAUUAUGUAAAUUUAUCCACAGUAUUUCUUUAGAGUUAAAGAUGAAAGUUAAUCAUAUUUUAUAGGGGAAGUUGUCAAAUCUCCAAUAUUUUU